GCUACGCCCCGAGCUCUGGAGAUCCUCGGCCUUGAUUGGCUGGACCUCGGGCUCCUUCUACGGAAGUAGCCGCGGCCGCCAUUGUGCGGCGCUGGUCCACUUAAAGGGUGACAGCUGCGGCCCGCGCUUUGGGCUGUCGUCGUAGCCUCUUGGUCUCCUGUCCGCGGAGCCCGGCGGGACCGGGACUCCCGUCCGUGCCGGUGCGGGCGCCGGCAUGUGGCUCUGGGAGGAACAGGGGGGCCUCAUGGGCCCCUUCUCCUUCCUGAUGCUGGUGCUGCUGCUGGUGACGCGCAGUCCCUUCAAUGCCUGCCUCUUCACCGGCAGCCUCUACCUCCUGCUGCGCCUCUUCAGCUUUGAGCCGGUGCCCUCCCUCAGGACCAUGCAGGUGCUCAGGCCCCGGGACCGCGUCUCCGCCAUCGCCCACCGCGGCGGCAGCCACGACGCGCCCGAGAACACGCUGGCGGCCAUUCGGCAGGCAGCUAAGAAUGGAGCAACAGGCGUGGAGUUGGACCUUGAGUUUACUUCUGAUGGGAUUCCUGUCUUAAUGCACGAUAGCACAGUAGAUAGGACAACUGAUGGCACCGGUCGAUUGUGUGAUUUGACAUUUGAACAAAUUAGGAAGCUUAAUCCUGCAGCAAAUCACAGAUUAAGGAAUGAUUUCCCUGAUGAAAAGAUUCCUACCCUGAGAGAAGCUGUUGCAGAGUGCCUAGACCAUAACCUCACAAUCUUCUUUGAUGUCAAAGGCCAUGCAAAUAUGGCUACUGAUGCUCUAAAGAAAGUAUAUAUGGAGUUUCCUCACCUAUACAAUAAUAGUAUGUCUGCCUCUUUCUUGCCAGAAGUUAUCUAUAAGAUGAGACAAGCAGAUCAGAAUGUAGUAACAGCUUUAAUUCACAGACCUUGGAGCCUUAGCCAUACAGGAGAUGGGAAACCACGCUUUGAUACUUUCUGGAAACAGUCCAUGUUUGUGGCAUUGGACAUUUUGCUCGAUUGGAGUAUGCAUAAUAUCUUGUGGUACUUGUGUGGAAUUUCAGCUUUCCUCAUACAAAAGGAUUUUGUAUCUCCGGACUACUUGAAGAAGUGGUCAGCUAAAGGCAUUCAGGUUGUUGCUUGGACUGUUAAUACUUUCGAUGAAAAAAGUUACUAUGAAUCCCAUCUUGGUUCCAGCUAUAUCACUGACAGCAUGUUGGAAGACUGCACACCUCAGUUCUAGGCUUUUCCCCCAGGGAGGAAACACAGCAGAACAGAGAUUCAGUGAAUGGAACAGAUAUCUAAACUGCAUGACUUCCAUUUCACGUUAUGACUAGAGUGACAAGAGGAAGAGAAAGGAACCAAAGAAAACAUGUGUGGACUGAAUUCCCCCUUUGGCUUACCUGCAGAGGCUAUACAGCGAAUGACAGGGAAGAAAUUCUCUUGGGGGCAGCACAGAGUUCACAACAUCCCUUCUGUGGUGUGAAGACCUUUUGAGAGCCAGAAGUUCUCUGUCUCUUGACCUUUGUCCCAAAUCCGUAUUGCACUUGACUCAGCCAGGCCCAAUUAAGGAUUGAGAUCCUAUGCUAAGGUGGUCGUGGGCCUUGAAGAAUGGAGAAUUCAGAUGAAGAAAGAAGGUGUUAAUUACUUACUUGGAAGGUAUAGUAACGGGGUUAACAACAGGAUAUUUUUUUUUGCUGCAUUGGGUCUUCUUUGCUGCGCGC